AUGAAGUUAUCUAUAAUAUUAUUUACUCUGAUUCUUCUCAUUGGUUUAUGCACAUCUAGUGAAGAAUUUCAUGAUCGUAGAUCUCUUCAAGAGUAUGUUGAUAGUUUUGUUGAUGCUAAUAAAUUCAAACUUGGAGGAUCAUCAAGUAUUAAUGGUUCAGCUAUCAGUCAAAUUUGGUCUUUUUUUAAAGCAAAAUAUCGCCGUUAUUAUUCGUCGACAGGAGAAGAAAACGCACGUCAUCGUAUAUUUAUUGACCACCUUAAAUAUGUAUUAAAAUCAAAUCUUGAAAAAUUACGUACAUAUCAUUUAGCAUUAAACCAAUUUUCUGAUUGGACAUUAGCAGAAUUUGAUGCAUUCAAAACUGGUUUAAGGAUUCCGCCUAGUUUACGACGAAGUUUAAUAGAUGAUGAACCAGAUGAAGAUGCAUUACAACGUAGUUUAGCAAAACUAUAUCAACGCCAUUAUCAUUCAAGAAGAUUAAAACGAAAUUUGAACAAACGUCGACAUAAAGAUAGACGAUUCUGGCGUGAUUGGUUUGACAAAUUUUUCAAUUAUGAUAACAAGAAAAAUGAUACUAAUCCACAAACUAAUGUAUUUGAUUGGCGUACAAAAAAUGCUGUAAGCAGUGUCAAAAAUCAAGGAAAAUGUGGAUCUUGUUAUGCAUUUGCUGCUGUUACAGUUCUGGAAGCACUUUAUGCUAUAAAAACAAAAUCUCAAAAUGUUACUGAAUUCAGUCCACAACAAAUAGUUGAUUGUUCAAGUGAAAAGUAUGAAAAUGAUGGCUGUGUUGGUGGCAAUUUCCCACCCAGUAUUAGUUAUAUAUCAGACAAAGGUGGUAAAAUAGCUACAAAGGAUUCUUACCCUUAUGCAGAGAAAAAGGAAUCGUGUCGAACAGAUGGUAUUAAUGAAAUUGAUCUUGGUAAAGUUGAAUAUGUAGAGAUUCCUUUAGGAGAUGAAAAAAAAAUGGCCGAAGUGCUUACUAAAUAUGGACCAAUAUUUAUUGGCCUUGAUGCUGACUCCAAACUUUUUAUGUUUUAUGAAAAAGGUGUACUUAAUAUAGAUAAUUGUCCAACUCGUCCACAAGAUAUGGAUCAUGCUUUGACUAUUGUAGGCUAUGGUUAUGAUGAAGCACUUAAAACACCUUAUUGGUUAAUAAAAAAUUCUUGGGGAACAAAAUGGGGUGAAAAUGGUUAUUUACGUUUAAUUAAAGAUGCUGGUAAUAUGUGCGGUGUUGCUUCAAUGGCAUAUUAUGCUAAGUUAACAUAA